AUGAUGGCUGAGCCGGAGCUGAAAUCACGGAGCAGUCGGGAGAGCAUUGCCAAGGCGACAAACCAGGAGAAGAUGGGGGGUAGGUACUGUGCAUGCUCACUCUCCUGUAGAUACCACAUGGUGCAAGGCUGCAUUAUCCCGCCAUGUGCCCUGAUGCAACAUUGCCUAAUACCAAAGUACACUCGGUUUGAAUUUACCACUGAGAUCCAACUGUCUGCUUUGGACAUUAAUGUAGUGUUGAUAGGUGACUCAAUGAAUAGAUGAGGAAAUCAAGCUCAUUUUACACCCUCGAAAUAACAUUAUGUUCCCAACUGGGCCCAAUCCUUUGAUGUAGUAUGUGUCUAUAGAAGAAGGAGGCAAAUGAGGGAAAUUAAAGUCAAUCCUGAGAAACAGGUUGUUAAAGUGGCCCUAUUGUGCCUGUUAAACCUGCUUUUUGAUACUCUGUGCCACAAUCUCUCCAGAUUUCUAAAACUACAAUUCAAAAUGUGGAAAUUCCUGCUCAACAUGUGGACUGAAACUAUGGAAAUGAUGAAAAUGUAGUCCAGUAAGUUUUGUUUUACACUCUAUUAUAUCAAGCAGCACAGAACUUUCCCAGAGAGGAGAGUUUAAAGAAAAGUGACCUGAAAACAGGAAUUUCUCUUUAUAUUUGUUUUGACUUAACUUGAGAGGUUGUCUGUCAUAUAUGAAACUCUAAUCUUAUUUCCUUGUCUUCUGUCCACUCUCCUUCAGCAGCAGAAGCAGAUCCAGACCAAGAUGGUCUAAUUGUUGAGCAGCCAACAUCUCCGACCACCCCAAUGGUCCCUGCUGCCACUGCCACAAGCCCCACAAGUGACUCACCUAAAGGAGAGAAGAUCGUGCUCAAACGCAGCAUCACCCUCUUCAACGGUGUGGGAAUGAUCAUAGGCACCAUCAUCGGCUCGGGCAUUUUUGUCACUCCAACAGGCGUGAUCAAAGAAACUGGCUCAGCUGGGCUCUCCCUGAUUGUUUGGUCUGUCUGUGGAGUGAUCUCUACCAUGGGUGCCCUGUGCUACGCUGAGUUGGGCACAACUAUCACCAAGUCAGGGGGGGACUACACCUACAUUCUGGAGGUGUAUGGUGAACUGGCGGCCUUUUUGAAGCUGUGGAUUGAGAUGCUUAUCAUUCGGCCUUCAUCCCAGUAUGUGGUGUCUCUGGUGUUUGCUACAUACCUUCUGAAACCUCUUUACCCAAACUGCGCCGUUCCUGACAGUGCUGCUAAGCUCAUUGCCUGCCUGUGUCUUAGUGAGUGGAAGUUUUUGGCUGGCAAAGUCUUACUAUUCAACUUCUUUAUAGAUAUAAAAAUGUCACAACAUUCAUACCUUUAAUACUGGUUUCCACCUAAGUUUGUAUUUUUCCCUCCUUUUUUCACCUUUUGUAGCUUCUCUGACAUUUGUCAACUGCAUUAGUGUGAGAGCAGCCACCAAGGUCCAGGACUUGUUUACAGCCUCCAAAUUACUAGCCCUGAUCAUCAUUAUCCUCUUUGGCUUCAUCCAGAUUUUCACAGGUGAGUCCCACUGAGCAGACAGAGGACCAAGACCACAAACAAAAGUAGAAAGGCUUUUUUUCUGAUUUUGGUUUGUAGAUGGUAAAGCCACAAAUACACACCUUUUUAACACAUUAAACACACAGUAAUGUCAUAACUCUACUGAAUAUCAGCGGGAUGACCAACACUUAGGAUUUUUUACUAUCUGGUGUCCUGCUAUGCCAAUUUGUCCAUCUUCAUCACAUCCUGUUGCCAAAUGAGGUGCAAAAAUUAGUGCAACUGUCCUCGUUGGCUUCCAGCUUAUUGUUAGUGUGUGAUAGAGAUUAUGCCAGUAUGGAAAUUUAUAGUGUAUGUCGUACUGCAUAACCUUGUCAAAAGCCAAUAACUGAAACAGUACUUGAAUCUGAUGUAAUUUUAGAAAAUGCUUCAGUAAAUAGUUAAACUUACAAUGGUGAGGUUUGCACAUGGUCUUUGCUGUACAUCUUCCUUCAUGUACUGAAGCUGCCUCCAGUCACCUCCCCUUGAUUUACUUGUUUUGUACAAUAGUGAUGGUUAAAAAAGUGCAACAAAGCCAAAGCUCCAUUAAUCUGCUGAUCAAAGUACCGUUAUAUCUGUUCUUUCUUCAUCCUGUUGACUGUGGCUCUAAAGCUGAGGUUGAUUUCUUUUGUCUCUAAUGAUCAACAAAUAGUUGACGAACACAAAUGAGCCCAAUCAAGCAGACUGCCCUCCUUUCACUUUGUUAACACACUUACUGAGUCUGAACACAAGGACUGUCUGUCUGCAGCCAAGUGAUUGGGCCUGAGCCACUGUGCAACCAUGUGCAUGUGAGUCUACAGUAUGUGGGUGUGCUUUGAAGAUAAACUCUGCUGGGCUUGGUUUCAUACAUGACUCAAAUCUGCACUGGACACCGAACACAGUAUGAUUAAAUUAAUAUGCAUUAAAGAGUAAAAGAAGUCCUUUACAAUUAGAGACAGAAGCAACUGCUGCUCACACAGUUUAUAACGUACAGCUUCAAAAAUUAAAAAAUAUAACAAGAGAGACACAAACUUAUCUGUUAGUCAAACUGAGUUAACACAGCCACCCAGUGAUCUCCAGUCAAACUAUUCAAAAUCCAAAAUAGCGGGAAGACAGUGAGGCCAUCGUUUGCUUCAUGCUACAUCUGCUGCUCUCCCCCUUUUGCAAGCCAAGCCCUCCACCAUUGUGCUCUACACUGUGUAACCAUGGAAACUAGGCGGCGAAGCUGUUGUCACACUGUGGUCUUUCAAAGUGCACGAGAGAAGGAUGGGGUGAGAAAAUAACGUGUGUGUGAUAGGCCUCACAGAGAGCACAGUCAUUAGCAUCUGAAAGCGACAGGUAGAGAAGAGAGUCACGCACGACCAAAACUUCAAGCACACACACUAGGACACACACACACACUUAGCCAACUUGACAGAUUUUUUUUUAAGCUGCUCUGAAUAAAUUAGUGUACUUGUUGGAAAGAUAUUUCUGCUGUUUUUUUUCAAAUGUCAGCUGGUCAGGGUCUGAUUAUGUUUCAGUACAUCAAAGCAGAUGCUCAAACCUCGAGACAAAGUGAACAGAUAAAGACCCAGUGGGCCAGUUCCUGGUUGAAAAUGUCAAGUGUGUGAAAGGGCAAGCAAAUACAGGCCAGCAUUCAUGCAAGAAAUAAAAAGUGACAGCAGCCCUAAAAGAGGAUACUCUGCAUGUCUUUGAAACCACAGCAUUUCCUCAUUUUGGUUUGAAGGUGAAUUGUUCCUCUUUUAGUUAUUUCUGAAUUUAUUCUUAUUUCUUUAUCUGUUUGUACAGGUGAUGUACCCUACCUUAAACCUGAAAACGCAUUUGAAGGCAGCAAACUGGGAGUGGACAACAUUGUCUUGGCCCUGUACAGUGGCCUCUUUGCUUUCGGAGGCUGGUAAGGCAGUUGUUACCAUAAUCAUUUGGAUAGAGUAACAGCCCAGAGUUAGAUAUGUUUUAUUUGAGCUACUUACUCUUUACCUUUGAAACACAAUAAAAACAAACAAUAAACAAUAAUUUCAAGCUUUAUCCAAUCCUUAAAAUAAUGUUCCUGCUCUGUGUUUUCUUUCAGGAAUUACCUGAAUUAUGUGACAGAGGAGAUGAUCAAUCCAGAGAGGUGACUUAAAUGUGAUGCAGGUUGUAUUGAGGAUUGUACAGCCUCUCCUGUAAUUAUAUGCCAACAGCAUGACUAACUGCAUCCAUGACUGAGCUUGUUUGCAUGGAGAUACCAAAUGAAAAGUGACCUAACAACAGAAAACAAUCUUGUGCAGUAUCUUGAAAAACCAAGUUCUAAGCUCAAAUAUAUAAGCUUGACUAUUAUUGCAUUGGAUUGGACAGAAAAUUCUAUCUGCAAAGCAUGUGUCACCAUCAAAAUAUAAAAAUUGCGCAGUUAAAUGGGAGCUCAUUAACACAAAUCCACUUACUAAUUUCAUUAUUACAAUGAAAACAAUCAAAUAAUUUGUAGAGUUCUUUUCUCAAAUGACCUUUGACCUCUCCCUCUCCAGGAACCUGCCCUUGUCCAUCAUCAUAUCCAUGCCUAUAGUGACAGUGGUCUAUGUUCUUACCAACCUGGCCUACUUCACCACCAUCUCUCCUGAGGUUAUGGUGGAGUCUGAAGCUGUUGCUGUGGUGAGCUGCACAAGAGUGUCAAACUGUGUACUUACAAACUUCAGCUCAAAGGUUGUGUUUAGAUGAAGUGUGAGGAGACUUUAUUCAUGUUGUUGUUUGGCAGAGUUUUGGAGAGUAUCAUCUUGGUGUAAUGGCCUGGCUCAUUCCUGUGUUUGUGGGAUUGUCUUGUUUUGGAGCCGUCAAUGGAUCCCUGUUCACCUCUGCAAGGUUGGUAUUUAUUGCUUGCAAUUUACAACAGUUGUUUUCAUUUAUCACAGCUUGUAGCUCACGGACAGUGCGGACGAAACUUACUUUGUGGAAAAGUUGAGAGUACAAGUUUCCCUUUCUCAAACAAACUUCAUCACUUACAAAAAGCCAACUAUAUUGUCUCACAAUUAUUAUUCAAGUACUUUAUCAUCCACUAGGUUGUUCUAUGCUGGGGCUCGAGAGGGUCAACUCCCUGCUGCUCUGGGAUUGGUCCACACAGACCUCUUCACACCAGUGCCGUCCCUCAUCUUCACAGUAAGAGUCUUGCUACUAAAAGCAGUGACUUAAGGUUUAUUUAAACUUUGCAAAGAAUCACAGUUUCAAAGCAACAAAGCAGUUGUUAUGUCCCAAUAUGAGUCAUGUUUAUAAAUCCUGGACUGUCUUGGCUUUGACCAUGAACUUCAUAUUUUUUACUUAUGAAAUCUUUGAAAUGUGUAGACAAGAGUAGUGGCACAACUUCAGCUGUGUGUACUAAACACCUUAAAUGUCUGUCCUGAUAGUGGUACAACUGAACACCUGACAGCUUUGACAGACCACUUCACUGUCGCAGACAAUAUCCCUUUCCAGACCCUGAUUGAAAUAUACAAAGACUGAGCAUUUCUUACCUAAAUGUGACCUUUUCUAAACUAAUAAAUAUCGUGUAUACAAUGUUACAAAAUAUGUGGAAUCACAAAUCCUUAUAAACAACUAUAAGCAUUCACAACAACUUUGAGCACUGUUUAAAAAGUUUCAUGCAGCAGACAUAGAUCUGAUUUAAAAAUACAUUAUACCUUAAUGCAAAACCAACCUCAGGGUCUUUUGAAUUUGGGGUUUAAUAACACAUCAUAAUCUCCCCACCUUUAUCCGGCUGUAAAGGUUCACAGAUAAAUCAUUGUCAGUACAAACAGUGCAGGCCCUGAGAACUAUCUAAAAUUUAUUUGCUUUAUUUCAGCUAAAUACAACUUUAAACAGCUGUCUUUUUUGUCCAAAAUGGAAAAAGAAGUGUCCUAUUUUUUUGCUUUUAAAAAGGAGAUCCAAGGCUUAAGGCCUUUGACAGCUUUAUUUUUGUUUUGUUUUUAAACGUUCAUAUAUACCUUCGGAUAUUCUUAUAGCAUACUAUACUGGGAUCUAUAAACAUAGUCAGGAGGGAAUUAGCAAUUCCCUUUUUAUCCAGUCAGCACUGCACUGUUCAUAAACAGUGCUACAAGUCAUUUUGAAUGCUUAUGAUCAUUUAUUAAGAUUGCUAUAAAGCCUUAUCAGUGCACUAACUGGGCUUUAUAAAUGUUCCAUACAUUGUAAGUUGUGGGUUUAUGUGAAGAGUUAACCAUAUGAUCCCAACCAGAGAAAAAUUAGGAUUGGAAAAUAAAGCCUAACAAAAACCAUUUAACAAAAUCUGAUGAAAUGGUGUGGUAAGUUCCAAAGUACCUUUAUCAUUUUUAUAAAAAAUAACCACACUACAAAAUCUGCCAUAGUACUGCUGGCUGUCCUACACUUCUGAGCAGUUGAUCUUGUUCAUUAGGUUGAGUGGUUGUCUGCAUAAAGAUGGAUCAUCUCCACCUCCUCCUUGUUUUGCAAGCGCUCCAAACGUACUGUCUUCAAUUUAGGGAAGCUGUCAUGUCCUGUACUUUGAAACAGAACAACCAUAUGUAUAAGGCUAAUACGCUAACCUCCCUUUUGUUCUAGUGUCUUCUCUCCAUGAUGUACGCCAUCUCUCAAGACAUCUUCUCCGUCAUCAACCUCUUCAGCUUCUUCACCUGGCUUUGCGUCGGUAUGGCCAUUGCAGGCAUGGUCUGGCUACGUUUAACUAAACCCGACCUCAGACGUCCUAUUAAGGUAAGGUUUCACUGUUUAAAGGUACUAUUGGUAAUGGAGGUCUAUCUAUUAAUCUAUCUAAAGUCACUCUUCAAAGCAGAUAUUCAUGACCUUUCCUCUACCUGGACCUCAGCCUGGUUUCUUUGUCAGCCCAAAACAUCAACACGUCCCUGGUUUCAUGUGGCACCAACACUUUCAGAUUUCAUUGUUUAUUUUUUAUGAAAACACUAUUGUAUCACUGCGUCUGUUAUUACCUGGAAAUGGGACCAUGCUGAGUUUUCAGGAUGAAGGGAGUGGUGUUAGCAUGAAUAUGUGGUUUUGUUUCUGUUUGAUCACAGGAAUAUUACUUUGGUCCACCACAGGCUUUCAUCUUUUCCUUUGAGUCUGGGUACAAUACGACCUUUUUGUUUGAAAAGUGAACCACUAACAAUGUAUAAAUACAGCUCUCCUCAUAUAUGUAAACUAAUAAUGAAACAAGACAGUCGACAACUUCUUAGAUCUGAAUCCAGAGCCUCUGACAAGCCAAGAACACAUUUCACUUCAUUAGCUUGUGCUGCUGAGCCAGCUGUGAGAGUACAUUUCCACAACACCCGUGCACUCUUAAGGACUAAUUAGACAAGUGCUGGAAGAUAGAAGACAAAUAUCGACAAUAAUAACUGCUAGUUCAACCUGAUUGAAGUGAUGCAUGUGAAAAUGGGAUACAGGUAACACUGGGAUAGCAUCUUUACAAUAACUGGUUAUUGUUUCAUUAUUAGGAUGUAACCAAGAGUUGAGGAAUAACUCAGAUCUUUUACUGUAGUAAAGGCUGAAAUAUGAGGUAAAUAUUAAAUAAAUAAUAUGAAGUAAAGGUGAUCAUUCCCCUUGAUUUUAACCCACUUCAGAAGAUCUAUUCUUCAAAAUACUGUAUAUUUUCAUGUUUGUCACAUUCAGGUUAUCUCUAGUCUUUUUUUAUUCUCUAAUUCUUCUGUGUUGUAUUUCUGCAGGUCUACCUGUUCAUCCCUAUAACUUUUGUUUUGGGCUGCAUCUUCAUGAUACUGGUGUCUUUCUGGGCAGCUCCAUUUGAGUCCGUGGUAGGCUGCAGUAUAAUUCUCACGGGCAUCCCUGCAUACCUCCUGGGCUACAAGUGGAAGAAACCCCAUGUGGUCCAGAAAAUGCUGGGUGAGUGAGACACAGAUGCUUAUUUUUUAACAGCAUCUUUGUUAGUCCAGGCAUGCUGAGGAAGCAUUCAUUACAGGUUGUUAUUAAAAUCUUGUGAGAACAUCUGCUGGUUCACAGCACUGAUACAUCUGGCUUGUUUGUCUAGUCAGUGUAAAAGACACAAACAGAAGUUUUGCUCAAGUGUUUAAUAAAAUCUAAAGACAUCUGACCUGUGCUAACUGAGAACAAGAAAGCAGACACGUCUAAUGUCAGUUGUUUUCUUCUCAGAAAUCUUCACCAUGUUCUGUCAGAAGAUCUUCAUGUCUGUUCCUGAGGAGAGGGGAGGGCAUGAGGCCGCUGAGUGA